AUGUCGCUCGCCUUCAACCCGGCAGCCACCGCUUUCUCCGGCAACGGGGCUCGGAGCAGGAGAGAAAAUUUUCCGGUGAAGCAUGUUACAGUCCGAGGAUUUCCGAUGAUCACCAACAAGUCAUCUUUCGCCGUGAAAUGCAACCUUACUACAACAGAUUUGAUGGGGAAGAUAGCAGAGAAGUUCAAGGGGGAAGACAGUAACUUUCCGGCAGCUGCGGCUGUUCAGCCUGCGGCGGAUAUACCCUCUAAUCUCUGUAUAAUCGACACCCUCCAAAGGUUGGGAGUCGACCGAUACUUCCGACCUGAAAUCGACACUAUUCUAGAGGGCACAUACAGGUUAUGGCAACGGAAAGAGAGAGCGAUAUUUUCGGAUACUGCUAUUCAUGCAAUGGCAUUUAGACUUUUGCGUGUCAAGGGAUAUGAAGUUUCAUCAGAGGAACUGGCUCCGUAUGCUGAUCAAGAGCACGUUGACCUGCAAACGAUUGAAGUGGCGACAGUUAUCGAGCUUUACAGAGCAGCACAGGAGAGAACAGGGGAAGAAGAGAGCAGUCUUAAGAAACUACAUGCUUGGACCACCACCUUUCUUAAGCAGAAGUUGCUCACUAACUCCAUUCCUGACAAGAAGUUGCACAAACUGGUGGAAUACUACUUGAAGAACUAUCAUGGGAUAUUAGAUAGAAUGGGAGUUAGACAAAACCUCGACUUAUAUGAUAUAAGCUAUUAUCGAACUGCAAAAGCUGCAAAUAGGUUCUCUAAUCUACGUAGUGAAGAUUUUCUAGCAUUUGCGAGGCAAGAUUUUAACAUUUGCCAAGCCCAACACCAGAAAGAACUUCAGCAACUGCAAAGGUGGUAUGCAGAUUGUAAGUUGGACACCUUGAAGUAUGGAAGAGAUGUAGUGCGUGUUGCUAAUUUUCUAACUUCAGCAAUUAUUGGUGAUCCUGAAUUGUCUGAUGUUCGCAUAGUCUUUGCCCAACAUAUUGUGCUUGUGACACGUAUUGAUGAUUUUUUCGAUCAUCGUGGGUCUAGAGAAGAGUCCUACAAGAUCCUUGAAUUAAUAAAAGAAUGGAAAGAGAAGCCAGCCGCAGAAUAUGGUUCCGAGGAAGUUGAAAUUCUUUUUACAGCAGUAUACAACACAGUAAAUGAGUUGGCAGAGAGGGCUCAUGUUGAACAAGGACGUAGUGUUAAAGAUUUUCUAAUUAAGCUGUGGGUUCAAAUACUAACAAUUUUCAAGAGAGAAUUGGAUACAUGGAGCGAUGACACGGCACUAACCUUGGAUGAUUACUUGUCUGCCUCCUGGGUGUCAAUUGGCUGCAGAAUCUGCAUUCUCAUGUCGAUGCAAUUCAUCGGUAUAAAACUAUCCGAUGAAAUGCUUCUGAGUGAAGAGUGCAUUGAUCUGUGUAGGCAUGUCUCCAUGGUUGACCGGCUGCUCAACGAUGUGCAAACUUUUGAGAAGGAACGCAAAGAAAAUACUGGAAACAGUGUGACCCUUCUGCUAGCAGCUAACAAAGAUGACAGCUCCUUUACUGAAGAAGAAGCCAUUAGAAUAGCAAAAGAAAUGGCUGAAUGUAACAGGAGACAACUGAUGCAGAUUGUCUACAAAACAGGAACCAUCUUCCCAAGACAAUGCAAAGAUAUGUUUCUGAAGGUAUGCAGGAUUGGGUGUUAUUUGUAUGCAAGCGGCGAUGAAUUCACAUCUCCACAACAAAUGAUGGAAGAUAUGAAAUCCUUGGUUUAUGAACCCCUAACAAUUCAUCCUCUUGUAGCUAAUAAUGUGAGAGGGAAAUGAAAUGAAUUCUGUGAGCAACUAUUUAGGGCAGAUCAUGUACUCUUGUAAAAGUAUACUGACUCAAAAUCAUUGAAUGCCACAAUAAGAUGAUACAUUGAUUUCA